AUGGCGACGUCGCCCCGCUCGAUUCUGUCGUGGCUACGCCGCUGCCGGCGCGACGAGCUGCCGGUGGAGCGCACGUUGACCGCGAUCCGAUCCGUGCAUGGACUGGUACCUCUGGGCGGGCGCGUGGGUGGCACAGACGGUGCCACGCCGCCGACAACGCCCCAAAGCGCUGCGUUCUCGCUGUUUUCUACGUCCCAGGACGCCACGUGUGCGGCCGAUGUGGAACGUGACGAGCCGAUUGAGGCAGUGCGAUGGGAGCUGCUGCUUGCGAGCGUGCGCCUUCCGUCGUCGGGGGGACUACGCGAGCUCGAGCACGCGCUCGAGACGCUCAGCAAGCUGACAUUAUCGACCCAAGCACAGCACAGCACGGUCGAUACUGACCGCUUGAGGCAAGCGUACUUUGCAGCACGGCGCGAAUUCUUCACCGUUCGGAUUGAGCUGCUGCGGACUGCGAGGAACGUGCAGCACCCAAACGCCCAAGCAGCGCGAGAGAUUGUGAACGAACUGCUGACCGAGGGACUGGGCGACGCGUUGGUGGACGAGAUGCUUGGUCGCCAGUUCUACCAGGCGCCGAGCUUUCGACGCGUUGGCAAGGACGAACGCAAGGCUCUCGUAGCUUGGGAAGUGCAAUUCCUGCAAGAAGAAGCGCUGCUGAGGGAGUUGCUGUUGCUAACGCUUGAGUUUUCAGAAGUUCACGCGACAUUGGAACGCGCGGUGGCGAUUGCCAAGACUGUGCAUGUUUGGGAUGUUCAGGUGCUGGAUGAGCUAAUUAUGAACAGCACGUUGGAGCUGCCUGGUGCGCAGCAGGCGGUAGAAACGUUGACGCAGGUGGGAGUGUUGGUGGCAUUGCGGAUGCUGCAUACGACGGUUGCUGGUUUGGAACACGAGGCUUUACUUAACGCGUCAAAAACGUUCUUUUUGACAAACUUGUGUGGACUCUCGGGUGUGGAGCUGCGACCAUCGCCGGUGCCUGGAGUGCUUCUAUUGGCGUGGGCGACACUGUUAGGUCGGCAAUACCAUGUAAAAGUUGGUCUGGACGGAGAUAGUGCGGAAGUGAAAGAGCUCAGAGACGCGCUACAGCAGACACUGGCGUCGGCAGAGCGAUUGCGCAGCUUUCACUACUUGAAUUCACUUAUGCGUUCGUUGGUUUUUGGCAUCGACUCUGCAAACGCUGGCCUCGCAAGAUUGAAACCGCUCUUACAGCCAUUGAGCCCGUACGCGAAGGCUUUGUGGAUCUUACCUACUGAUGCUGUUUCCGCGGGACCAAACGGCGUCAAUGCGACUCAUUCGGAUGUGCUUGUCAACUGCGACAGCGCUCCCGUCUAUCAAUACGUGGUUGCAGUAUUUUUGAAUGAGAUGCUGUCUUCGCUGGGUUACAUAAAAAAUCUUGAUGACGCCCAGCAGCUGCAUGCAAUGGUAAAGUUUGUGCUACCUGCGCUAUCGAAUACUCGCGUGUCGCAGCAGAUUUUUGAUAUUGAACUGGAAGAUAGCUUCCCGUGCAUCCAAUUGUUCACGGCGCUGUGCUGCAAUUACCAAGGAGCUUCGUCACCAACCGUGCUUCGGCAGGUGCUGAGGUAUUUCAGCAUGCCGCACGCGGGAAAGGAUGAAACAGUGGCUGCUGGUGAUGGUUGGCAUCCACUGCCGCCGAGGGAAUAUUACACCGAGAUUGGCGACGGGCAAGACACGUUACUGUGCACGCGGUCAUUUGCUUAUGGUGGUGCAAAUGGACCAUCGGUAGUACCUGCACAGACUGUUGGUACGAUUCUGCGCUAUGGCGACGUCGUGAAGGUCACUUGGCAAUUCUCAGACGGUGACGGAGACACGUAUGCGCCUACCAUGUGGGACCUACUUUUCCAAAGUGCAGAUAGACUUAUGACAGGUCACGAGUCGAGGUCGUUUGCGGAUUUGUAUCACACAAACGUAGAGGAUGUACAUAUCCUGACAUCGUUUUUCGAAUUUAUCGUACAGCUUGGUAACCAAGAAGACAAUGGUGAGGUUGUAGUGGAAGAGAUGGAGCGCUGUUGGGCCAUGGAUGGCAAAAGUGGUUGCUGGAAUAAUCUGAGUUCAACCGGUGUUCACGAGCAUCGUAGCAUGCUGAGCUCUGGCACUGAACGAGGCGAUAGUCACGUUCUGUUGAGACACAUCGGCGAGUUUGGCAGUGACGUGAUCAACAUGGUGCAGCUUGAGUCGCUGGUGACGACGUGUUUACGGUUCGUGACACUACUGAUCUCAAACCGUAGAAAUGUAGUGGAUCUGGAAGCUGCGCGAAAGAUCUUGCUGAUACCUAUUGCCUAUGGGGGCAUGAAGGAGCGCAAAGAACUAACAGUUGUCACGCUUUGUGGAGAAUAUCUCGGGUACCCACUUGAACUCGCCCCUGGAAUCGCAUACUGGUCCUUGCGGAUCUUACAGCAUGCCGCUGUUGCCGUUGACUUCCGUCAGGAGCGAGAAAGCCGCAACCCGUCUGUAAUGCAAUCACUUGUUUCGCUUUUCCACGGAUGCGAAGACCUUGAUAUUGUUCGCGGGGCCUUUGCACAGCUGUUGAGCGUAUCGCCAACUCAACGAUUUGCGCUGCAAAAAGAAGUCAUUCACAUGCUGGCGUUGUGUUUGAAGCACCAACCAGGCUUCUUAGCUCUACUGCUCUUCGGUGUUAGUAGUACGAACGAUCCGAAGUCCGACAAGAUGAAGAACGAAAAGGCUAAAGGAGACGACGUUUCUUGUAUGCUAUUGCUGGAGCGCCUUUUUGAAGACCCAGUAAGGCUCUUGGAACAAGCUUCCGAUCUUUUCUGUACCCUACUUGCUUUUGUUGUGCAGGUAUGGAAGGGUGCCGUCCAUAAUCGUUUUGGCAUUCAUAUGAGGAUCAUGACAACACUGCGUGCGAACCCCUCAUUUUGGUUGAAUGUUACACAAGCUAUCAAGAUCCACAUGCCGUCAGACACGGAAGAGGAGCGCGGCCUUCUGGAUAUGGAGCUUGCCGCUGCAACCUCUCUAGGUGGAGGGGAUACGCACAGCUUAUCGUCCUCAUCCGAGGUGUACAUCGGGCGGUCUAGUGCGUUCGGGUACAUGGCGCGCGGCCUCAUCCUUCAGUUGGUGUCAUACGAAUGGCAUAAUGAAGCUUCAGAGCUAAAGGAUCACCCGCUCGUAGACGUGCUGGAAUCGUUUCGAGAGGAGGGGCUGUAUUCGCACUGGUUACGCACCUUCACGCGUCUCGAUUAUUCGCCAGUACAACUGAAGCUGUAUGCGCCGUCUAUUCAGCGUGCCUGCAAUCCACGCGCACCCAUCACGAGCAUGCAUGGUAUGAUUCCCGUCGAUGGCGUCUUCAUGUAUCUAGAAGGCCUCAUUUGCAGCAACAGGCAACUCGAAUGGCAAUUUGGCCACGGUGCUUGUGCCAAGCAGGAAGCUUCUUCCGCGGAUAUUCGCAUGUUGAAAUUACUUCGGUGGAGCAAUUUGCAAGCUGCCUAUCUCCACGCACAACUCUUUUCCUUGUCCAAGUGGAAAGUGUUCAUGGAGCUCUGCUGCUUCCAGGUAGAUGAAGAAACCCGCGGUGUAUCUGGUUUAGAACUGACGAGCAGAACGACCGAGCCAAGGUGUCGAAAAAGGAAAGAAUCGAUGAUUUCAUCGCCUUCUAGGAACAGCGGAUCAAGGAGAAUGCAAAGCGCUGGUGCCACAUCGACGGCGUUUUUAACUCCAUCUAGCUCUGAACAUUCAUUGUCGUCAUCACGCUUUUCUGGAGAUCGAACGUCCUUCGAAAUGAUUCGUGUCCUAGCGGACGUCAUCGAAGCUAGUGUGGACCAGCACGGUAAUCAAGGCGAAGUGCUGGACUAUUUUGUGCUUUUACACCUCCACGGUCUAGUGCAGCUGUUGGUGUCCAUGUUGCACCAUCAGUUGUGCCUAGUUGUGCGCAAGACAUAUGACCCAAAGUUAUCGCAGACUCGGCAACGCUUUGAAGGGUCUGAGCCACACUUCGGCCUUAAGCUUGAUGCCAGGGCAACAUUACAACUAUUGAGUCUCGUCGACAAAACUGUCAGUGCAGUGCACGACUCCGUUAAGCGUGUUGCGCGCGAGGCGGAUAUUGUGGGACAUGACGCCAUUAAUCAGUCUAUGUCUACUUCGGUUGAGCUUGCUACUUCCGUGCCAUUGAUUUCGCGGCUUGUGACCGACUUCGAACAAAGCUUGAAAUCUGUGACCGAUGGGUUGCUUACGUUGCUGGUUACAGCAGCCUUACUGCUAGUACGUCAUUUGAAUAAGAUCAGUGGUCACCUUAGUCACAGCGCAAAACGAGAGACCGAAGCAAAGGGUGUUUUGACAACCAAGGCUUUGGUGCCGAUGAAGUGGAUAGCUCACUGCGUGAACGUGUUCACACUGUGCAAUGAUCGCGAAGAGCAGACGAGGUCUUCUCAAGCUCUAUUUCAGCUAAGCUGGUGCUUGUGGCAGGAAGUUGUUGACAACUAUGGUAACAGUAACGCUCCCCUGGUGGGAGUGUCAGAGCCGCGCAUGAUGAAUGUGAUGCAGCUCAAUCCAUUUGUCAUGGAUAUGGAGUAUGAACAACAAGGGAUCAGGGCGGUGUUGCACCUUUUGGUGCAGCGCUUUCGCCCUUUAUCACCAAGCAAGCAAGUGUCUGCAUCACAGGAGGACGCGUGUCAGGUAUUGCGAGGGCUUGCAGCAGUUGUGUGGAACCCGGCCAACAGUGCUCGUCCAUCCUUUUGUCUGCGUUUAAUAUCGCUGCUCACGGCACAACUGCUGCCCCUACUGCGAAGCCGGAUGGAGCGCGAAGAAGCCACUAGUAAGCUACGCGGCUAUAUACUGCAGAAGAGUGACGACGUCAUGACGGGUCAACUUGAAGACAACAUACAUUUACAGCGCUCUGUCGCACACGAAAUGUGGUGUCUCGUGCUCGACAUUGUGAGCGGCUUACUGCACCUGCAUGCAGAAUAUACUGUUGUCGGGUCCGACAAACUGGACGUGUGGGAGUUUAUGUCGUCCGCUGAAUCGCUUCUGCUGGCUGCGGUGGAGCCUUCGACUUGUCCGCGUUUGACGCGCGCCACUAUCGCAGAACACCAAUCAUUGUUGCAGCUAUUGAGUGGUCUUAGCAGAAGUGCAUCGACACGGAAGUGCUGGCGCCAAGCUUUUCCGACAAGUGCUGUAGUGCUUAUGGAACAGAGUCGUCAGUUGCUUCGUCAUGCAUGCGUGCUGCUGGGCAGUUCAUCCACGAAGGACAAUCGGUACUAUUCCGAAAAAGUGGAGUGGCAAAAUGGAAGUAGAUCAGCGAACAACGCUAUUGUCAGUUAUGGCAAAAACCGCAGUUCUAAAUCGCCGCGAUCACCACGGUCUCCUUCGGCCUUCCCAUAUGCGUGCGAGACACUGUUGCACGAGCAGUUGCAUGCCGUGCGAGAUGUUGAGAAACGGGAGGUGCGCGCUUUUCACCGAGAAAUGGAGACCGAGCUGGUUAAGGUCGUGCGAUUCGCAAGUUUGCUGCUGAGCAAAUGGACCGCUUCGCCGACUGACCGCGGCGCUGUCCUUGUAGUUGGUGGGGUGCGGUGCGUAGAUGAAGAGCAACUCGUGCCUUUACUUGCAUUUGCUCCACCCAGCGAAGCGCGUUCCAGGAACGGUAGCCCGAGCUUGGGCCAUUUGAGUCUUGCCAUGGACUUCAUUCUCGAUCGGCUGUUGGCAAAAGAGGAUCCGCAAUUGGGCUUGCAAACGGUGGAAAUGAGAAUGGGUUUAGCGAACGCUAUGAACGCGUGCGCACUGCUAUUUCUGAAGACCUGUUGUUUGUAUGCGGAGCAGUACGAGUUGGUGAAGCGCGACCGCGAUGAGUUUAGCAGCUUCUUUCGACGCUUCCAUGCUCGAAUACACGAAGAUGAGACAGGAGCCACUUCUGCCGUGGACAUGCAGUUGCUCCAGCACAUUGACUUGGUGCGUAUUCAGAUGGAUGCUCUUGACUGUGUGUGA